UUUUUUUUUUCCAACUGAUUAAACAUAAUUAUGCAACGAUCACGUCCAUUGACCACAUUAAGUAGACACUUAUUACAAAAGUCUAACCUGCGAGUCUUUAGUCGUUCAUUUACCGGGACAUCAGUCACUGAUCAAGAACACAGAAGCAAUGGCAAAAAACUUUACGAAACCCAUGUUCCCAUAUCUAAUAUUGAAAGAACAGUCUUGACAGUGGCUUCUGCUGUCACUGCAUUGAACGACCCUUAUCGCGGAGAUAUGAUUGCUACCCUCGGAGAAGCCACAGGUCGUAAAUUCUUAGCAAGUAUGCGAGAUCAAAUGUUAGAAUCCAGUGUGGGACGUCGUAUAUUGCGAGAAAGACCCGUGAUUAAUACACGCGCUUUAGAUUUUGACAAGUUAAAAAGAACGUGUGCUCCAGGUACAUUUGGCCAAGUUUACAUUAGUUGGCUUGAAGCACAAGGUGUGACACCCGAUACGCGCUGUGAUGUCAAAUUUGUGGAUGAUGAAGAGUUGGCUUAUGUGAUUAAGAGAUACCGUGAAAUUCAUGAUUUCUUUCAUACAUUGACAGGAUUAGGUGUCACAGUGGAAGAAGAGAUUGCUCUCAAGUGGUUCGAAUGGGCUCAAACGGGAUUGCCCAUGACUAUGUUGGCUUCCCUUUUUGGUCCUUUGCAACUCUCUUGGCCAGAACGUAAGCGUCUGUAUACAGGUUAUGUACCUUGGGCUUUACAAUGUGGUGCUUCUUGUCAACCACUCAUGAACGUUUAUUUUGAAGAGCAUUUUCAUACACCUCUGGAUGAGUUUCGUAAGCAACUUGGCAUUACCAUGCCUCCUCAAUUUUACGAUAAAUAAAUUAUUGUUCUGUUCAAAGU